UAAUAAAAAUGGGAAUGUGCGAAUCACGAGAAGAAUUGAAAGAUCCUUAAUUUGGAAGAUCAACAAUUUAGCCAAAGAUGUCAGAAAAUCCAAAUUUAGAUUUUUAUAGAGGUGUCUACCCAUUCCAGCUCAAUAAUCAGAUCUAAUUCCACAUGAAACAUUGGAAAACCUAUAAUUAACAAUAUCAAUGGAUUAAGUUUUAUUCAGAUUUAGAAUCAGAUAAACAAUUUAUGCAAUGGCUUUAUCCCAAUUUCUUUUAAUCAUUUUUCAACACAACUAGUUUUAGAUUGUCAAUCAAGGAAAGGAAUAGUUUCAUAGAGGAUGAAUCUGUAAUAUUGAUUAUUUAUGGUGUAGAUUAUGAAAUAGUAUUUGGAUAAUGUCAGAAUGUUUUAGAGAUUCUUAGGGAUAGGAAGAGAUGAAAGCUAAUAAUUAUAAAUCAUAGAUCAACAAUAGUUUGAUCAAUGCAUUUACUCCUACACUCAAAAUUUGGUAAGGAUCCAACGAUUUAUUUCCUCGAUGAGCAUAUUGGGUUAGAGGGAAUUGGCACUUGAAUUCUUAUAAGUUAUAAAGAAUAAGUUGACUAAAAAGAAUAAGAUAUAUACAUCGAAAUUCCAAGGUUUUGAGUUAUUGAUUGAAGAGAUUGAUUUAUCAGCACAAUCUUUGUAUUCAAAGAAAGUAUUUCAAAUAUGUAUAAUAAAAGAAGCCAACAAAAUCAUUUGGAGAAUUCAAGACGCAUUAUGUGUAAGAGGAUCUAUUGAAUGAACCCUGGGUUUAGGCUUAAAUAUUAACAAAGGCACCAAUAAUAGCCAUUUAAGAAAAAAGGGAAUCGUUCGAAAUUAAAUAAGAAGUUUGAUGAUAAUGAUUACUUUUAAUGAAU